AUGAAAAUAAAGUUCAAAAGAUUGGAUCACAAAGAUGAUCUAAACUUAUUUCGAGGCAGAAUAUUGUUGGAUGUGCCGUGUAGAGUUUGUCAAGACCAUUCAUCAGGAAAACAUUACGGUGUUUUUAGCUGCGAUGGAUGCGCUGGCUUUUUUAAGCGGUCGAUUAGACGAAAUCGUCAAUAUGUAUGUAAGAAUCGAGGAGGUGGAGAAGAAGGAAAAUGCCUUGUUGAUAAAACGCAUAGAAAUCAAUGUCGAGCAUGUCGUUUAGCAAAAUGUCUGGAAAUUGGCAUGAAUCGAGAAGCCGUUCAACAUGAGCGAGGACCGAGAAACACAGCCAUGAGGAGGCACAUUGCUAUUUAUGCGUCAUCAUCUAAUAAUGAACAAUCACUAAAAAUUGGAGCAGAUUCAGAUUCAUUAGUUACUUAUCAAAUUUCCGAAGUGACCAACAGAGCAAAAGAUUUAGCUGCACGAUUAUUUUUUCAUAUCCUUCAUUGGUCGAAGUCGAUAAUACCUUUCGCAUGCUUAUCUCCUCACACUCAGGUAGCUGCUCUUAAAUCAUCAUGGAGCGUUUUAUUUAUACUGUCAGCAGUGGAAAACCGUUUUGUACAAAGUGCAUCAUUAGUUGCUGAAAAGUUUAAUGACACGCAUCUCAAAUUAAAAUUUAUUUCUGUGGUUUCGCAACUUGAACAGCUUAAACUUGAUUCAGCUGAAUUCAAUCAUUUGAGACUUCUUAGUCUGAUGAAAGGGAAGCACUCUCAGCUCGAGCAAUUAUCUGCAUUUAACUUAGCGCAACAUCAGCAAAUUGCAUACCCAAGUCAACCUUUAAGAUAUAUAUCAUGUAUGUUAUUAUUGGAUUCAAUACCACAGUUAGAAACGCUAAUUUCCGAUUUAUAUUUCAAGCAAUCAAUUGGUAAUACAUCAAUGUCUGCCUUGAUUUCUGAUAUACUUUUACCUAAAUCUUUAAAAUCUACAAAAAUUUAG